AUGGGCAGUAGCGGGUCAUUUGGGGGCAUUAAGGCGACGUCUAGUUUGAGUAUAGUUGAGAAAAGGGCGUCGAAAUGUCAUGGGUCAGCUCAGGAGUGUGAGAAGCCAGCGGAUUCGACGAAUACGACAGUUGUUGUUGUUGCAGUGGUUGUUCCGGUUGUUGUUGUGAUAGUUCUGCUUGGGUUUAUCCUGUACAAGGUGUACCGGAGGAAUAAGAAGGAGGAGUUGGAGGAUAACGAUCCUGAUUUUGAUGGGGAUGCGGAGUAUUUGCCUGAUUUUGGGCAGCAGUUUGAGAUGAAUGGACGGGGCGGUGUUGUCGGAGAUGCAAAUCCGACGAAGAGUUCGCUGCCAUCGUCAGCAACACAGGCGAUGUCGCAGCCCAAUCCGUUCAACGACGAUUCGAAGUCGCUUGCUUACUCGAAUAACGGGGGUAUGGGCGUUGCAAAUCCGUUCCAGCUGCCAUCAGCGACGGAUGAUUCGGAGACGCUUCGUAAUUUUGCGCGUUCGUUCCAGAACAGCGGGUUCGAUGGGUACAAGCUAGCGUCGCACUCUGCCUCCCAGGUGUCUAUAUCGCGGCCUUCGUCUGCUGCUGGCGGGUACGUGCCGCCACACCAGCCACAGCAGAUGUCUCACCAGCCUGCUCCAAGCUCGCUGAGUGCGAUAUCCGCGAUUGGGACUGGGACUGCACCCGCAUCAGCAACAGCAUCAGCAGCCGCUGCAUCAUCUACGAAGCAAGCUCCCGAUUCUGAGCAGCUCAAGAAAAAUGCCACGAUUCUGAAGUACAGAGAGAUUGUCACGGACGACCAAGAAGAGGACCCGGAUCAGGACAGUUUUGACUUAGAAACCAGCCCUGUGAAAUCCUCCAGAGGCAACGUUAGACAGUCGCAUAUAGACCAGUACGAUGAGGGGUUCCAGCCCGAAGUUUCGAUGCAGGAAUCAGAGAAAACAGCAGAAACAGAACUCGUCCAUCAGCAGGACCAACUGCCGGAACACCAACCAAAGAAACAGUUUUUGUCCACGGACGACGACGUGUACAUCCAGCGCGAGAAUGAGGAUUCCGACGAAGAUGUGGAAAGAAUGAAGUCCAUCUACCAAGUGUACUUGGAUAGAAACGGAACGGUAAAGACCGUCAAAGAGGGUCAGCCGGUCCCAGAAGGGUUCCAACCUGCGCAUACCUUGCCAGAGGAUGCCUCGAAAAUUAUAAACGCAAAGGAUCCUCACGAGUAUUCCUUCGAGGUUCAAGAUCCAGAACAAUACCAAGAACAAUACCAAGGACAAGAACAAGGACAAGAACAAGGACAAGAACAAGGACAAGAACAAGGACAAGGACAAGGACAAGGACUAUACCCAGAAAACGAGGCUCCAAGAGUAGCAUCUUCCAUUUACGAAGCACAAUCGCAAUACGGCAACCAAAACCAGUACUACAAUGAUCAACAGUAUUACGGACAACAACAGUACGAUGGGAACUAUCCUGGUGCGGGUUACCAUGGCACAGGCUACCCUGCAGCAGGGUAUGCCAACCGUAUCCAUAUUCAACAUAACCAACCGCCUCCUAACCUGGAAAGUAUUGAAGAACUUCCAAGACCUUCAAAUCUCCCAUACAGUUCUUCAACCCAUUCUCUAACUUCUUUCAAGUCCAAGGGAAGCGGUAUCAAGUCACCAACUGCUGCAUUAAUGUCGCAGAACAACCGUGGCUAUAAUCCAAUUGAUCAUCCCCAAUUGUACUACCACCACAUGAAUGGAUCAGACCCAGCAUUGUUCUCCGAUCAAACCUCAACCAACACAACUCCAACGAAUAUGAGUUCUGCUGGUAAUGGCAAGAUUUUGCCUCAUCAUUUAAGACAAUCGGUGGUGAUGACCAAUCCUCAUGAGCUUUCUCAAAACUCUGUCUUCAAGCCGGCCGGUUCUUUCUCUCGUGCCGUGUCAGACUCGAGAUCCAACAGUUUGAUGUCGAAUACGAACACAUACCAACAGCAUGUCCAAAACGCAUAUAUCAAAUCUAGAGUCAGUGGACUACUAGAUGACAACGAUUUCAUGCACCCACCUAGUAUGGGUAAUAUUCUCCCACAUUCAGGGUCACAAGAAGACUUGAGGAAGCAAUUGGGUACAUCCCAUAACUACAACCUGUGA